UUCUUCAUUAAGGCUCAUUUGACGUGUCCAGCUGAACACGCUCCAGGCGUUUCUGGUACAGCCGAAUGGGAGAAAGUUGGUGGUGACCUACCGUACGCGUAUUCGAUUCGCAACGGUGAACUGAUCCUCAAAGAUUUGUCUCGAUAUGAUGAAGGCAUUUAUCGUUGUACGAUACGCGCAGAGUCAGGAAUGGCUACGGUGACCUAUAUUAACCUACAAGUCUCCGGAAUGUCUUGCAAUCAGCUCCUUGACAAUGGUGCUCUCAACUCGUUUCAGAUUUUGUUCCGUCAUUCAAUGGAUCUGGAUUCGUGA